AUGAACGCUCGAACUUUACUUCUCUUCUUGGUUAUUCUUCUUGUCGCCUCCCUUCAAAUCGUACAAGGAGCACCACUACAAUUAGCACCACGAAGGACUCAGUCUGGACAGUUUGCACCACGAAGGACUCAGUCUGGACAGUUUGCACCACGAAGAACUCAGUCUGGACAGUUUGCACCACAAACUUAA